AUACAACGCAACGUGGAGCUCUAUAGUCAACAACAUGAACUAACUCAGUAGCAGCUGAUAACAAUUUUAAAACUUGUUAGAGCUUUGUCAUUUACGGAAGCAGACAUACACCGUUUUAAAGAGAGGGCCUUGCAGAGAUAUAUCUUAUGAAAGAAAAUAUCCUGAAAUGUCAGAAAUUACUGCUGUUGUGCCGAAAUGCUCGUUCAAAAUCAAAACGAUAGAAAUGCACACUUGCGGUGAGCCGUUACGGAUUAUCACCUCCGGCUACCCCGAUAUCGUUGGGGACACGAUCCUUGCGAAGCGCUCCUACGUCCGAAAGAACCUGGACCACCUUCGGAAAGCACUGAUGUUGGAACCGAGAGGCCACUACGACAUGUAUGGAGCCCUUCUCGUCAAACCAGAUCACCCGGGAGCCCAUUUUGCUUCUCUGUUCAUGCACAAUGAAGGUUAUAGUACAAUGUGUGGCCACGCAACACUUGCUUUGGCCAGAUAUGCUGUCGAUUUUGGACUUGUUGAACCAGUUUCUCCAGAAACAGAAAUUAAUCUUCAGUGCCCUUGCGGACUGGUGAAGUCUUUUGUAGAGUAUGAUGACAAGAGGAAAACUUCUGGAAGAGCGAGAUUUCUGAGUUCCCCUGCUUUUGUUUUUAGAACAGAUAUAAAGUUGAACGUACCAAACUAUGGUGAAGUAACGAUUGACAUCAGCUACGGGGGUGCCUUCUAUGCCUUCAUCUCUGCAGACCAACUUGGUCUUGACCUUGGAAAAUCUUCGAUCCAAAGCAUCCAGGCAGCUGGAACAGCUGUUACCAUGGCAACCAAGGAUGCAGUGAUCCUGGAACACCCAGACAGUCAAGACCUCGCCUUCCUCUAUGGGACUAUCAUCACAGAUGGAGAUGAUGCAUGGAGCGAGGAGCCAACGACCAAUAUCUGUAAUUUUGCUGAUUCUCAGAUUGACAGAUCCCCCUGUGGGUCAGGUGUCACUGCCCGCAUCGCUCUUCAACUUCAUAAAGGACUUAUAGAUUUGGGCCAGACUAGAUCCUUUAGGAGUGGGGUCACAGGAACAACAUUCACAGGAAAAGCAGUGGAAAAGACUAAGGUGAGCCGCUUUGACGCAGUUGUGGUUGAAAUAUCAGGAAAAGGGCACUACUUGGGAGAAAGCACCUUUAUAUGUGAAGACGAUGAUGAAUUGGGAAAAGGAUUUGUUGUUCGAUAGAGGACAACGUCUUGGUCUGGAUUUUUUAGGGGUUGACUCAAAAUAAUAAUGAAAUAAAACAUUUAUCUAUUGUAUUGAGGACAAGUUCUAGUUUUUAAAUUUUUACCUAUGCCAUUUUUUAUGGCGCCAGACUCGUACAGGUGAAUUAAAAUGGUAUAGUAGUGGUGAUGCCAGUGUCAGUAAUACCAAUGAAAAAAAUAUGAUUUCUGAAUGGCAGGUUCCUUUUUAAAUAAUAUGUACAUUGCAUGGAAUGGAGUUAAUAAUGGAAAAGAUUUCAAGAGCAGAAUUUUUCAUGCCAGUAAAUGUUAGGAGCCAGGACAAAAGAAUUCAAGAGGGCUAAUUAUGUAUUCAUAAUUUUUCUGUUUGAAACAAAGCUAUGGUAUUAGUAAAUGUACACCCUGUAUUCACUCCCCUUUUCCGUUUCCUUCUUACUACUCCUCCUCUAUCACUUUCUACUCCUCUUUUAUCUCCUCUUUCUCUCCCCCUCUUCUUCCUCCUCCUUUUCCUUCUCCCCUCCUCCCCCUUUUCUUAUUCUUCUUUCCUUAUAUAUUUUAAAAAAUCAAGGUAGUUUAUAUCUCAGAUGCAUAGCAGAAAUGAGACAUAUGCACUGUUUUGGGGGUAAAACUAUUAUCUCCUUGAAUUAAAAACAAAUCUUGCUCUUGGAGUUAAACAAAUAAAUGUAGCUGUGCAAUAUUUUAAGGAUACAUUUUAUUGAAAAAUAGCUAUUUCAUUACAAUAUAUGAUUAGGAGUGGGCUAUAAAUGGGUGAUUUUUUAUUUGACUGUGCCAACAGCUUUUUUGUGUUCCUUUAACCUUAUCUCAACAUGAAAUGACAAUAUUUUGUGCCUCUGGUCCGAGAAAAAAGUGUGCCGGGCCAAAAUCCAAAAUGGCCGCCAAAACCCCCCCAAAAUCACAUUUUAGGCCACAACUUCAUAUUUGGUGGCCUUUUUCUCUGGUUUUUGGGUGUCUAUUCAUAUGUUUUUAGGGGCAGGCAAUUUGUUUUUCCUAAAAUUAGUACUGUUAAACCAUCAUUUGUAAAGUUAAAGGAGAUUUUACCUAAAUUUAAACAUUUUUAUAGCCCUUUUCUAGCCAAAAAAGUAGGUUUCAUCGUCUUGUGAUUUUUGGACAAUAGAUGAUACCAGUUGAACAGUAGCAAGCUUCUUCAUAUAGCUAUAUUGCUUUUAUUCCUCUAAAUUGGCGUUAACGGAUAUUUGCGAAAUAUAUCUUAUCAAAUAAAAGAAUAUAUCAUUCAUUCAUAGGGGCUAUACCCCGGGGGGGGCACUCGACCAAAAAAGUGGUAGGGGUGUGCCGCGGGCGAGACAAAAAACGGGGGCCUUGGAGCGGGCUUAUUGUAAAAAGGAGGGUCCUCGGAACGGGCUUCGGAACUACAAAUGUUUGUGAAAACGGGGGUCCUUGGAACGGGUCACCUGCGUGUGCAUCCCAAUGGAACGAGCAUACGUGCAUGCAGCUAGCACGGCGCACGGGCGCCAGCGCAGAGGCGAUGCUCGCACAGCGCUCUCCGGUCGCUUUUCACCAAAAUUGCGGCUCAUCGUAGCAGAUCAAUGCGACCGGAACGGUGUAACGGAAAAUAUGCGAAGCUUUGGAGCGGGUAUCUUUCUUCUUUUUUUCUCGAUAAGAAGAAAAUGCUAUGCCUUGGAGCGGCUUUCUUUGUUCUUUUUCUCAAUAAGACAAAAAUGCUAUGCCUUGGAACGGAAAUUUGAGUGUAAAAAUGGGGGUCCCCUCCGCGGCACAUACCCACUAUGCAUUAUAUACUGAGUGCCCCCCCCGGGGGCUAUACGGGUGUAUACUGUACAUACUACACUGCAUAUAUCCAUGCACUGACCACCAUGACAUACAUGUGUAACAAGGCCUACAGGUAUAUAAACUAUAGUGUCAUAGAAAUGUUAAAAUUAGAUUGUGAAUUUGAUUGCUUGUCAGCUGAUGUACAUGAUGUAACCCUAUGUAACAUAAAUUGCAUAUAAACAUCACUAGUAGGCUAUAUCAUAUAUGGGCAAUUCCAGCGUAACGGACAUGACGUUCAGACAAAUUUUUGUAAUUCAAAGGUUUAUACAGUAGAAUUAGCAGUCUUUUGAUAAUUGCUACUGAGCUUAUCAGACACAUUUAAGUAUCAGUUACAUACACAUGAAAUUUCAAAUCGUUUCGUUGAACAGUUGGGGAGAAAUUGCACUCUUUGUCAGCGUAACGGACAUGACACGAAAUGGACGAAGCAUUUUUACCUCCUAUUGCUUAUCAAAAUUUCUGUGAAUUCUUAGAUUGCAUGCACCUGACGCUGGUGUUAAUUUAACCUUAAGAUCAUGCUCUAUCCAUAAAAUGGUGUUUAACAACAGUUUUGCAGUGCAUUCUGUAUUCAUAGCUCAAAAUGUAGCGUAACGGACAUGACACAUGAAGCGUAACGGACAUGACAGUUUCGUCCACUUUUUGUAAGCGAAUAUAAUUAUUUUAUUACAAGAUAUGGUACAAGUCUAAUUGUUUACAUGUUAAGGCUAGAGGUUAGAGACACACAUCAUAACUGGUAAUCUGUAAUAUCUCCUAUUAUUUUGCAAUUUGAGAGAGGGGCUUUUCAUACAAUAUUCAUAAAACAAAAAAAUAUUAAGAAAAUUUACUUUUACACCAGUUAACAACAGUUAAUGAGUAUUUUCCAGUUACUACCAUCCACUACACCUAAUUAAAAGAGAAAAAGUUUAUAGUAAAGAUUAUUUUUUAUUCAUGGCUUACUAUUUGACAAUAUACACCAGCGUAACGGACAUGACACCCUUACGAAGUGAACUUCAUCAGCACUUCUUAGUUUC